AUGCGGGGGGGCGCGGCCGGGGACCCCCGCGGGCUCUGGGGGGUCCCCCCGGCAGGGACCCCCUUUGUCCCACCCAGGCCCCGCGCCGUGGGAUCGCCGCCGGUGCUGGUACUGCAGCCGCUGCCCGGGCCCGGGGCCGCCCCCCCGGGACCCCCGCCCGUCCGGGGAGGUUCAGCCCAGCUGGGGAGAGCCGGGAGCCUCUGGAAGCGCAGCCCAACCCAGCAGGGAGGCUCUGCAGGGGCUGCCAUUUAAAAAUCCAUCUCCAACCAAAACCGUAUCAAACAUUUCAUCUCCCUGGGGGGAACAAUGCAGCUUUUGGGACAGGGCUGGGCUCUGGCAGCUGCUGAGCUCGCGGCCAGCUGGCAGCUCCUGGCACUCACCCCCCCUCCCAGUGCCACCAGUGCGGGGCCAGCCAGGACUACCCUGCCUGCUCAAACGGCUCUCAGACAGAUCAAAGGGCUCUUCCCACGGGGAUUCGGUGCCAUCUGUGGGGCUGCCACCCCGCCGUGUCCCCGGCAGCCGCGUUCCCACGGCGUUGUGUGGGACGGAGCCCACAGCGGAGCGGCCAGGGCGAUCCCGGCAAACGGCGCUUUGGGAGCCCCCAGCCCAGCCCUGCCUGCGUCCCCCCCGCAGGCGCUGGCGGGGCCUUCGCAGGGCGAGGAGGAAGAGGAGGCCAUGGUUUUCCACCAUCACUACAUCCCCUGGCCCGCGCCCGGCCCAGCGCCCGUGCGGUUCCUGCACUCCUCACCUGGGGACGGGCGCAGAGCUGUGCCCCCGCCGCCGCCCCCCAGUGCCACCGGGACAGUGGGACCCGGCGUUCCCCCAGCAGCGGAGUACUACAGUGUGGAGGAGCGGGGGCUGUGAGCUCUGCCUCCCUCGAUCCCCCGGUCCUGGAUGGAUGCUCCACGCUUCCCAUGGCUCAUGGCGGUGCCAGGGCAGGGGUGCCACCGCCCUGUCACAGCCCCGGUGCCAGCCGGGCCCUGUGUCCCCACCAAGCCACCAGGCCGGGGUGGCACAGGCUGUGCUGAGUGCCGGGGUGGGCACAGACGAUGCUCCCAGCCUUCAUUAGUCCCUCCAGCUCUCAAUGCAGCGUUGCCUGUAAUUAAUUUGCUUUGUUAAGAGAGAGCCCUGCUGUC